AUGAAGAUUAUUUAUGUGAAUCCAGAAGGAAAAUAUCGCUCAAGCACUUUGGAAACAAAAUAUGAUAAAUCUGAUUUCACAGAACAGCUUAGUUCUUCUGCUGUGGAAUUAGAAAUCAGUACUAGUCCUGAUGGAAAACUGAUGGCAUCUGGAGAUCGUGGUGGAAAUCUAAGAGUACAUGAUCUUAAUACUUUUAAAAAGAUUACAUAUCAGGAAGCACCUGAUGCAGAGAUCUUGACAAUUGAAUUUACUUACAGACGAAUGCCUGGUGAUCGUGACAGAAUCUUACACGUUUUUGAUGUUAAUAAUAGUUUUCAAUUGAUUCAAACUUUGGAUGACUAUUCUUCGUCUAUAACUGCUAUAAAGUUCAUUAAUAAUGGUGCCACAGUAUCAGGAGAGUGUAGACUAAAUGUUUAUCAUAUUGAUAUGGGUAAAAAUAUGCAUUCAUACAAAUCUGAUACAACCGAAGAGGUUAAUACUGCAGAUCAAGAAAGCUUAUUUAGAAUUUCUUUAAAUCCUGACAGUGUACAUGCUGUGACUGGCGAGUUCCAUGAUAUGUUGAUCCUGUCUGUAGGGUUAAAUCCAUACCCAAAGGAUGUGGUUUUG